AUGUCGCUGGUUGUAGACGCCGUGCAAGCAACUAUCGGAGCCUCAGAACCAUGGCCAGAUGAUGUUAUACUUUACCAGCAGUAUCAGGUUGAACAGAUAACACUUCCAGAUUAUGCCCAGUGCCUGGCAGUGGAGACAUUCCUACACAUGUGUGGCCUCAGAUUCCGGGUUGAGCAGCGAACAAAUGCUGAGGAAAUGUCACCAUCAGGGAAAGUACCAUUCAUACAAGUGGGUCCAUACCUGGUUUCAGAAUUUGACCCAGUUGUUGGGUUUGUCAGCACAAAGGGUUUCAACUUAAGUCAGAGUUUGUCAGACACUGAAAGAUCUGAAAUGAGGGCAUACAUCUCCAUGAUCGAGAACAUUCUAGGAAAUGCAGAGUUGUACAUGGCCUGGCUGUAUCCAGAUAUAGCAGCAGAGGUGACCAAACCUCGCUAUGGCUGCUGCUACCCAUGGCCUUUGAGUUGGAUCUUGCCAUGGCGGAAGCAGAGAGAGGUUCGAGCACGACUUGAAGCCAAUGACUGGGCCAGUAAAACAUGUGAAGAGGUGUGUGGAGAGGUGAGGACCUGCUGUCAAGCUCUCUCAGAGAGGCUGGAGAAGAAGAAAUACUUCUUUGGUGAUAAGCCCACAGAGCUAGAUGCCAUGGUGUUCGGCCAUCUCUACACCCUGCUGACCACUAUACUGCCCGGUGGCCACUUCACAGCUGUGGUACAGGACUUUGACAACCUGGCCCAGUUUUGCAAACGAAUAGAGGACAGUUUUUUCAAACUAGCGUUUGAUUGA